UGGAAACCCCACCAAACAAAGCAUUGCAUAACUUUUUUUUUCACCUUCCUUAUAUUCUUUUUGUCCUCUAUAUAAAUUAACUUUCAUAUUUUUAUUUUUGCUAAACGUUGUGUUUUCCUCAAAAAAGGGAAAACAGAAAAAGAAAGGGAGGGGGUCAAUGAAGAGCAAGUUCUUUCUAUGUUUUCGUCCUAUUGUUGGGGAUUCUGUGCUUCAUAAUCAUGCUAUUGAUCAAUCUUCUUCAAGUAUUGUAACAAAAAGAAGGGAGGAAAAUGAUCAAUUGUUUGAAUCGAAAAGUAACAGGAGAAAUAGAAGGGACGAGUUCUUCAAACCCUUAAAUGGCAAAUCAAGAAAGCCAGAAAAAAUUAUCUUGAAGGGCAAGAACAACCAACAAAACGAAAUUGCUUCAAUUGACAAUUUAUUAAAGGGAAAUCAGUCAUCAAAAAUAAGUUCAUACAACCAUAGAGAAUCCUCAAGUGCUUCAUCAACAUCAUGUGACAAAAUCAAGAAAUCUAACACAAGUGUUCAUUUGAUUAUUUUCACAUUAUUUGUUACUAUUUAUUUUGGUAGGAUUUAUGCAAUAUUCUUAACAUCAGUAUGGGUUCUACUGUUUGUGGUGCCAAAAUCAAUUUGUAUGACUCUGGAAAAAUUGUUUUUAGUUGAAUGUGGAGUAGAAAAUUAAAACAAAGGUAUAAUGGAUCAUGAUAUUGUUAUUUUGAGAUGAGAAAUGAAAAAUAUACAAUGUCUUGUACAUACACAAAAACAUAGCACACCUACAUUUCUUAUGCGAGUUGUUACUCGAUAUGAUAUGAUUUG